UGUCGCGCCCUCUGCGCAUGCGCCGCUCGGAAGGAGAGUUGUCGAGGUCGAAUUUGGUGUUAGCCAGAAAAAAUGCCUGCAGACUACGACAAAGGAGCUUAUCCGGAGCCUCCUCGGCAGACUCCGGCUGUGGACAAACAGACAGCACUGCCAAACCCAGCCCUGAUCCUGUCCAAACUCUUCUAUUACUCCGUGGACCUGCCUGUCACCACAUUUAGAGAUGCUGUUGACAGCUUUCGGGCUAACAACAAGUCAGUCUACUACCACCAGAAGUUUCGCCGUGUCCCUGACCUGAUUGACUGCCAGGAAGGAGACUACAUCUGCUACUACGAGGCUGAGAUGCAGUGGAGGAGAGACUACAAAGUGGACCAGGAGAUUGUGAAGGUGAUCCAGGAGCGUAUGAGGGCCUGCCAUCAGAGAGAAGGAGCCAGCUACCACCAGAACUGUGGCAAAGAAAUCCAGCAGUUCAACGAGGUGACCAAGAACUUCCAGUCCCGCUAUGGAGACCUGGGAGCGUACGCCAGUGGCAGGAAAUGUCUAAUGAAACAAAAAGAACGGAUGAUGGCAGCAGCUCAGGCCCAGAGUGCUUAAGAACAGUUCCCUAACUACAGGUCCUGUGUAAUAAUUGUAAAAUAAAGAUUUAUGUGGUUAA